AUGGCCUCCAAUUUUAAGAAGGCAAACAUGGCGUUGAGUGCCCAGACGGAAAGGAUGAGUCCUAAGCCAGAGCUUACUGAAGAGCAGAAACAGGAAAUCCAGGAAGCUUUUGAUCUCUUUGAUGCAGAUGGGACCAGGACCAUCGAUGUGAAGGAACUAAAGGUGGCAAUGAGAGCCCUGGGCUUUGAGCCCAAGAAAGAAGAAAUCAAGAAAAUGAUAAGUGAAAUCGAUGAGGAUGGGACAGGCAAAAUGAACUUCAGCGACUUUUUGACAGUGAUCACUCAGAAAAUGUCGGAGAAAGACACCGAGGAAGAAAUCCUGAAAGCUUUCCAGCUCUUCAAUGAUGAUGAAACAGGGAAAAUACCGUUCAAAAAUCCGAAGCGUGUGGCCAAGGAGCUGGGCGAGAGCCUGACUGAUGAGGAGCUGCAGAAAAUGAUUGAUGCAGCUGAUCGAGAUGGAGACAGGUCAGCGAGCAGGAGUUCCUGCGCAUCAUGAAGAAGACCAGCCUCUGUGGAGGCCGGUGCCACCUCCUGUCCUCCGCUGUGAGCACAUGUGACUAGACCUAGUGCC